CUCGCGUACUAGACGUUGAAACGGUAAUCUUCUAAUCAAAAGCUCGGUGCUUUUUUGGUAACGACGAAUUUCACUCAAAGCAGCAGUUCCUGGACGAUAUCGAUAUUUACGUUUCUUCUUUUCCUCCAAAUAACUGGCAGUUUUACGCGAUUGAUGAGAAAAAGUUGAGUUUCUUCCAAAUCCAACAACUUUUCGAGCGACGUAGGGUGAGGUUCGGACCAUCGCGAUAAUGAUUGUAUAAUUGAAAAAAUUAAUUUAAAAUGAUGACCGGUUUAAUUAAAAGCUCCAAGCUUCCAAAUUAGUAGUAAAACAGUAUAGGUGAACACCAAGUAUAAGAUUCAAGACAAUAAAAUUAAAAAUGUCGUCACUUCUUCCGUUAAUGUCAAAAGUUGUAAAAUUUGUAAUUAUCAAUAAUUGAAAGUAGGUCACGAUUUUCGAAUAUCUGCGAUUGUUACCUGUUGCAUGGAAAAUCAAAACGGAAAAUAUUCCCAAAUUUACAAAGAAUGAAAGCUGAACUCCCAUUGGUCCAAUUACCUUUACGAGCUAAAACCAAAACAGUUGAUAUUUUUUUCAAAUACUCGCUCGCUCAUUGGCCGAGGUCGAAUCGAAUUCUAGCCAAUGAGGAACGAGCAUUCGUAUUUCAUUUUUGUAUAAAUACUGGUACGAAGCAUUACUGUAAUCAUUCGUUUCUCUUGUUCCAUUUUGUUCUGUGCAAGAAGCUUCAUUUAUCAAGAUGACUGGACGCGGUAAAGGAGGAAAAGGUUUGGGAAAAGGUGGCGCCAAACGUCAUCGUAAAGUUUUACGUGAUAACAUCCAAGGUAUCACGAAACCAGCAAUCCGUCGUCUGGCUAGACGUGGUGGUGUCAAACGUAUCUCCGGCUUGAUCUACGAAGAAACCCGUGGUGUCCUCAAAGUAUUCUUGGAAAACGUUAUUCGUGAUGCUGUUACCUACACCGAACACGCCAAGAGGAAAACCGUCACCGCCAUGGAUGUCGUAUACGCCUUAAAACGUCAAGGCAGAACCCUCUACGGUUUCGGAGGUUAAGCGCGUCCAAUUUUGGAAUAUUUCCAGAUUCAAAAUCCGUUAAAACGGCCCUUUUCAGGGCCAACAAA